AUGUCUGGGCGCAUUUUCUUCGUUACGGGCACGUCCAGUGGGUUCGGCAAAACCUUGGUUGAAGAAAUCCUCGCUCGAGGAGACAAAGUCGUAGCAACUACACGAAAUUCAAACAGUUUGAACUUUUCGUCUGCUACGCCAGAAAACUUCGUCUCGGUGGCUCUGGACGUCACCGAUACAGCCUCAGUCACCAAUGCAUUCGAUGUCGCUCUUUCCACCUUCGGCCGGGUCGAUGUGGUCGUCAACAAUGCCGGAUUUGGACUUUGUGGCCCUUUUGAAGAACUCGAUGAGAACCAGAUAUCCGAGCAGAUGAAUGUCAAUUUCUUCGGCUGCGUUAAUGUCACCCGAAAGGCGAUCCAGGUCAUGCGCGAGCAGAAGCCCCCGGGCGGGCUGAUCCAGCAAAUCUCAAGCAUGGCAGGACAGAAAGGCAUGCCGACUUACAGUAUAUACUGUGCGAGCAAAUGGGCGCUCGCAGGCUUCACGGAAGCGGUCGCGGCAGAGAUGAAGCCGGAAUGGGGCAUCAGUUUCACUUGCCUUGAGCCUGGAGGCUUUCGCACAAACUGGGCAGGAUCAUCAAUGGUAUUCCCCAAGCGUCGUCUUGCAGAAUACGACCACCUCGAUGCGAGAGAGCGAGCGAGCAAGAGGCACGGCACACAAGUUGGUGAUCCUCUCAAAGCAGGCAAGGCAAUCUAUGACCUUGCUGUCAUGAAGGAGCCGCCAACUCGCAUUGUUCUCGGAUCGGACGCGUACGAUCUGGUCAUGGCGAAGCUGGAUGACUAUCGUAGGAUAUACACUAGUUUCGAAGAGUUCUCAAAGAGCACUGAUGUCUCGGAAUGA